AUGUUCAACUUGAUUACCAACGAUGCCCAGUCAGGUUUCCUUUCUAUUUUAUACAGUCUAGGAAAUGAACCUUUACAGCUUUGGGCUAGUCAUGUACCCGAUCAGGAGGAAGGCGAAGCUCAUGUAGAAACAGUAGCUGACGAUCUUAUAAGUUCUACUGUCAUUGAACUUGUUUCGACUAAUCUUUCAAAUACAUAUAUAACCUGUCCAGCGCAAGCGAACCGCACGCUUGGUAUAAAACUUCCUUUUUUGGUGUUAAUAGUGAAGAAUUUAAACAAGUAUUUUUCUUUUGAAGUGGAAGUUCUGGAUGAUAAGAACGAAAAGAAAAGGUUUAGAGCAUCGAAUUAUCAGAUGACCACACGAGUUAAACCUUAUAUCACUACAAUGCCAAUGCGACUGGAUUCAGGAUGGAAUCAAAUUGUGCUUAAUCUGGCUGACUAUGUUAAGAGAGGAUAUGGUACAAAUUACAGUGAAACGUGUCGUGUUACUGUUCAUGCGAAUUGCAGAAUACGUAGAGUUUAUUUUACAGACAGAUUGUAUAGUGAAGAUGAGUUACCUGCCGAAUUCAAAUUAUUUUUACCGGUAAGUGUUUAUUACGGUUUUAGCUCUGUAAUAGUUAUUAACAUCUUGGAUUAA